ACACCGUCAUUUUUAACAUAUGUAAGAAGUACCUUCCAAGCUGAAGAAUGGAGACAAUCUCAGUGAUGAUGGUUGUGUGUUUGCUUGCUGGUCUAUCUGAAUGCCAGACUGGAGGUGAAAACAAUCAGACCAAAAUCACUGGGCUGACACACGAAGAUCUGGAGGAUAACUCGGUAGAGAAAGAUGCUUUCCAGAAUUCAAACCAAGGGCUAGAAACGCCAGCCAUUUUGACAACAAAAACAACCACAACCCAGCCAAGCUGUGAACCACCCAUCUACACUGUGCUGAAGGAGCUGGGGGCUCUGGAAGAAAGGCUUGCAGCCACUGUGACAGCCAUGGAGGAAACAAACAAAAAGCUGGAGGCCAAUGAGAAGAAGCUGACUGCACUGGACGGGAGAGUGACUGAACUGAGCGCAGUGGAUCAAGGACAUCAUCGGGUUGCAUUUUCUGCUACAUUAGGCAACGAUGGCAUCAUUGGUCCUGUAAAUAUUGAUUAUUCUCUGGUGUACAGAAAUGUUCUGUCCAACAUUGGAGGACAUUACAACCCAGUCACAGGUUUUUUUACGGCACCAGUGCAAGGAGUCUAUUACUUCACCUACACUUCCUUCUCCUGGGCAGGUAGUGGAACCAGCGGUGGCAGUUUGUACCAAAAUGGAAACAAGAUAGUGUCAUGGUAUGGACAUGCUCCUACUAACGAACUCACUGGAUCUAACAGCGCUAUCUUGCAGCUACAAGUUGGAGACUAUGUUAAUGUUCGUCUUUGGAGGGAUAUGAAGAUUAGUGAAAAUGGAAAUAACUAUUGUUCAUUCAGUGGAUAUUUGCUUUUCCCUGUGUGA